AUGGCUGAUGCACCCUCUCAAGUGCAACAUAAUUACCACCAAGGCUAUGAGUCAGCUGUCAAGAGUCACAUCCAGCUGAAGCUGUAUGCCUUAUAUAACUACCUGUCUGUGACCAUCAGAAGAAUCAGUGAGGCGGCCACAUCACCCUCCAUGAUAAUCUCGAUACCAACUGAUGAUGACUGGACUGGUGGCCUCCAGGUCAUAGAGUGUGCUUUCCACUUGGAAAAAGAAGUCAACCAGAGCCUCUUGGACUUGCAUGAACUGGUUACUGAAAAAGGCAACACCCAUCUAUGUGACUUCCUGAAGCACAACUUCUUGUACCUUCUGAUGGAAAUGGUCAAUGAGAGCAGCAACUACAUGACCCAGCUGUGCAGGAUGGGGACCUCAAAAAACCACAUGGAUGAGUACCUAGUGGGCAAGCACAGUCUGGUCUACAGCACCAAGGAGUACUGA